AUAACUUCACAAUUAUUACAUUAUUUUUCUGCCUUUAUUUUCUAAAACGUGGCCACAUAUGGACUAGCUAUAUAUACCAAAGCCACAACAAAUCCACCAUCACCCUUUACAAUAUUUUUUCCCCCAAAGUCUCUCGAUGGAUAGCUUGAGAGCUAAGCCCAUCGAGCUCAUAUUUUCUGUUCUCGGUUUAAUUAUUAUAUUCUCCGCCUGCAAUUCAACAGCGGAGCUACCACGGUUGGUUCAACCACCGAAACCCGAUGGUACACUCAGUUUUCUCGUCGUCGGCGAUUGGGGAAGAAGAGGUUCUUAUAACCAGUCUCAAGUAGCUCUUCAGAUGGGGAAAAUAGGGAAAGACUUAAAUAUCGAUUUCCUUAUAUCGACUGGAGAUAACUUCUAUGAUGACGGAAUAAUCAGUCCAUAUGAUUCUCAAUUUCAAGAUUCGUUUACCAAUAUUUACACAGCAUCUAGCUUACAAAAACCAUGGUAUAGUGUAUUAGGAAACCAUGAUUAUAGAGGUAACGUCUAUGCGCAACUCAGCCCCAUACUCAGGGAUUUGGACUGCCGAUGGAUUUGUUUAAGAUCAUACGUUGUUAACGCCGAGCUUGUGGAUAUUUUCUUCGUGGACACGACACCGUUCGUAGAUAAAUAUUUUGAUGAACCAAAGGACCAUGUCUAUGAUUGGAGAGGCGUACUACCAAGAAAUAAGUACCUUACCAAUCUCUUAACGGAUGUCGAUGUGGCAUUGCAAGAAUCAAUGGCAAAAUGGAAAAUAGUCGUAGGCCAUCACACGAUAAAAAGUGCAGGUCACCAUGGAGUAACCAUAGAGCUUGAGAAACAACUUUUACCUAUCCUCGAGGCUAAUGAAGUGGAUCUCUAUAUAAACGGACAUGAUCAUUGCUUGGAGCACAUAAGCAGCAUCAACAGUGGAAUACAGUUUAUGACAAGUGGAGGCGGAUCCAAGGCUUGGAAAGGAGAUGUGAAUCAUGAUUGGGACUCUCAAGAGAUGAGAUUUUACUACGAUGGACAAGGCUUCAUGUCGGUUUACAUAUCCGAAGCUAAACUACGCGUCGUUUUUUACGAUGGUUUUGGUCGCGUUUUGCAUCGAUGGAGCACUUACAAAAAGGGUGUUUAUUCCGAUAUCUAAUCGAUGGUUUGAUUAAAGAGUUAAGACAACAUUAUUAUUAAUCGUUCAUUGUUUAUUAUGUGUAUAUUUCACGUGCCUUUUGACUUUUAUUGUUGUGUGAUUAUUUUCGAAUUUUAAAGUAUGAAAAAGAGUUUUUUCAUACAUGGAGACGUAAAUUUAGUCCCAUAGUUUAGUUUUAAUACUAUUGUUUACUUUCCAUAAAAGAAAGUUACCUAA